AAAAGAAAAAAAAAACAAAUCAUAAUAGAAAAUAUUCAUCAAACAUUUUCUUUAUUCACAUAAAGGAUUCCCACAAAAAAAGGGAAAAACCAAUUUUUAAAAGCGUUGAUUUCACAACAAAUUUUCAAAUAUUGUUUACAAGAUAAAUCAUUUAAGAAAAAAAUAAAAAAACAUGAAUGACAGUGAAUUUAAUUCUAAAGAUGCUGCUGAUGCUUUCGGAACGGGACGUGGUGAUACACACGAGAGAAUUGCUAAAAUGCCUGUAGAACGAUAUGCUGCCGAAUAUAAUAUGAAACAUGAUAACCGUGGUUUAGCAAUAAUAUUUAAUCAUGAAAAUUUUGAUAUACCAUCAUUGAAAUCACGGGCUGGUACAAAUGUCGAUUGUGAAAAUCUAUUUCGUGCCCUAAAACAAUUAGCAUUUGAAGUGCAUGUGUAUAAAGAUAAGAAAUUAAAAGAAAUUCAAUACAUUAUUGAACAAAUUUCCAGAAAAGAUCAUACAGAUAAUGAUUGUAUAUUAAUUGCUAUUUUAUCACACGGUGAAUUUGGUUACAUAUACGCGAGAGAUGUACAAUAUAAAUUAGAUUCCAUUUGGCAUUAUUUUACAGCUGUUAACUGUCCAACAUUAGCUGGUAAACCAAAAUUGUUUUUUAUACAAGCUUGCCAAGGUGAUCAAUUAGAUGCCGGUAUUACAUUAACAAAGACUGAAACAGAUGGGGAAAUAUCCGAUACUAUGAGUUAUAAAAUACCAAUACAUGCCGAUUUUUUAAUUGCUUAUUCAACAAUUCCAGGCUAUUAUUCUUGGCGUAAUACAACAAAAGGUUCAUGGUUUAUGCAAUCUUUAUGCACUGAAUUAGAUUUGCAUGGAAAAAGAUAUGAUAUUUUAACCUUAUUAACAUUUGUAUGUCAACGUGUUGCUUUAGAUUUUGAAUCAAAUACACCCGAUUGUCCAACAAUGCAUCAACAGAAGCAAAUUCCAUGUAUAACUACAAUGUUAACUAGAAUUUUAAGAUUUGGUGAUAAAUAAUAAAAAAAAUACUUAAAUAUUUUUAUAUAAAACAAAUUUUUAAAGCACAACCGUUAAUAGGCAUGCUUUUUUUUAAAUAAAUUUUUACAUUAGAUGAAUACAUAAGAAAUAUAUUGAGGUAUUAUUUUGAUGGUAUUAGUAUACAUUCAUAUAUAUAUAUAUAUAUAUCUAUAUAUUUCAAUAAUAUUGAAAUAAUUUAAUAUUUUUUAAAUUUUUUAUCAACUAUAAUUUUUAUUUUUGAAAUUUGUAUUUGACAAAAAAAUAAAGAAUA